ACGUGAUUCUUUUCUCAUCUAUGACAUUGAAAUUAAAAUCCAUAGUACUAGAGUUUGAGUUAUUAAUUGCAGAGUUGGGAAAGUGAGAGAUAGAAAAUUAGAGAUGUUGUCAGGGAACGGAAUAUUGAGUGUACUUGUACUGCUUGCGUUGCAGUUACAGGUACUACUGGUCGGAGGUGAUUAUAUCCCGCCGGUUAAAUUGGAUGGUUUCGUUUACAAGAAUCGUCGCUUCAAUUACGAUACUAUUCAGAUCGAAGCUUUCUACGAUCCUUUGUGCCCUGAUAGCGCUGAUUCAUGGCCACCUCUCAAAAAAGCUCUCCAUCAUUACUCUCAUCGUGUUUCUCUUGUUGUUCAUCUUCUUCCUUUACCCUACCAUGACAAUGCUUUUGUUGCAUCCCGUGCUUUGCACAUUGUUAACGGUUUGAAUAGAACUGCUACAUUCCCAUUGCUGGAGUCGUUCUUCAAGUAUCAGGCGGCAUUCUACGGUGCUCCAACACGGAACUUAUCUAGAGCUUCUAUUGUAGAUGAAAUAGUGAAGUUUUCAUCAGCUGUAGCUGGGAACUCUUAUCAUACUUCUAUUAAGAAGGGCUUCAACGACACUAGCACCGAUCUCCUGACCAGAGUUUCUUUUAAGUAUGCUACUUCAAGAGGGGUGUCUGGAACACCUUUUUUCUAUGUCAAUGGAUUCGUGUUGCCCGAUACAGGAAGUUCUCUUAACUACAGCAAUUGGAGGGACAUUAUUGACCCCUUGAUUGGUACGAAGAAAGGUAGAAAAACUGAAGAAUCCCUCCACUACUUCUUGUGAAAAUUGUAGGUUUAUGAAGUUCAGUUGUAUUAGCACUUCAUUAGUGAAAGAAUCUAAACACUGCAUCUUCUGAUCAAUAGGUGUUUGUACCAAAAAUUCAAUAAUGGAAUCAAAGUUCUAAAUAAUUGAA